GAGAGCGGGGAGGGAGCCCCGCCAAGGCUCUUCCUAGAGCGGCUCCUGCGAUCCCCGCGCCCGGGGCUCGGGAGUGACGCACGUCGCGUUGGAGCAAGAAAGGCGGAAGCGGAACUAGAGUUUAUUCAGAUUAUCAUCAUCAUAGUGGUGAUAACUGUUAUGAUAGUAGUGAUCAUCUGCUUGCUGAAUCAUUAUAAAGGGUCAACAAGGUCCUUCAUCAGUCGGCAGAGCCAAAGCAGGAGGCAAGAGGACUCUUUACAACCAGAGGGGUGUCUGUGGCCUUCUGACAGUUCAUCUUCUCGACAGGGACCUUCAGAGAUUAUGUAUGCCCCACGUUCCAGGGACAGAUUUACUGCUCCAUCUUUUCUGCAGAGGGAACAUUUCAGUCGCUUCCAGCCAACUUAUCCAUAUGUGCAGCACGAGAUUGAUCUGCCUCCUACAAUCUCUCUUUCUGAUGGUGAAGAGCCACCACCAUACCAGGGGCCAUGCACUCUGCAGCUUCGGGAUCCAGAACAACAGAUGGAACUUAACAGAGAAUCCGUGAGGGCACCUCCAAACAGAACUGUAUUUGACAGCGAUUUGAUAGAUGUUUCGGUAUACAAUGCGGGCCCUUGCCCACCAAGCAGCAAUUCGGGAAUAAGUGCAACCAAUUAUAGCAGUAAUGGAAGGAUGGAAGGACCACCCCCAACUUACAGUGAGGUCAUGGGGCAUUAUCCGGGUUCCUCUUUUUUCCAUCACCAGCAAAGCAACGCGCCUUCUUCAUCACAGAGGGGGAGCAGACUUCAGUUUCAGCAGAACAAUUCAGAGAGCACAAUAGUCCCUAUUGAAAGCAAAGACAGGAAACCAGGAAACUUUGUCUAGUUUCUUUUUCCAUGUGCACUUGAAGAGAGACGGGAGAAUCAAACAGGAGCAUAAGGGAAGCUUCUAUGCCCCUGUGCACAAUGUUGUUAAAAGUUUCACGUGACACAAUUUAGUAAAACCAAACGUACAAAGCUGUUCUUUAUUUCCAAUUCCUUUAAGGGGAAUUGCAUGAAAAUUGUUUUGAAAUAAUUGCAACCUUCCAUUCAGUUUGGCCAUGAGCAGUGUUUUUUAAAAAUAUAUUAUUUUUUUAAUAACGUAUUUGAAUUAUUUAAUUUUAAGAAAUAACUUAGGCACAGAGACAUGCCUCGAUUGGCCUGUUUUAUAGUAAGUUAAAGGCUAAAAGAGGAGAAUAAGAAAAAUUACUAGCUAAAUGGGGGCAAAAUUGGCCAGUUUGCUUUCCCUCCCUUCUCCCAGAAUAUAUAAUUUCUUUUUUCCUGUUUCCACAUUUAUGUUGUGUGCCAAGUUUUUUUUUUUUAAAAAAAAAACCUAAAUGAAUACAAGGAGUUAAUUUGUGUUGUGAUACUAGUGUGUUAAAUUUGCACUAUCUUUCAUGUUUUAAAUAUCUACGAGGAAACUGUUUUACCUUAGGUUCUUCUAUAAGGUGUCUUUUCACCUGUGCAAAGAUUAUUAGCCCCCAGGACUCUAUUUGCCCAGGCCUCUAUUGAUGAUCCCCAUUUUGGGGGAUACAGAUUUAAGUAGGUUUCUUAUCAUUUUACAUAACUGAGAAUAAAUGAUAGAAGACAUUUUAACACAUUACUGUUUGCAAUAAUUUUGCAUUUAAAUAGGGUAUCAGCAAAUUGUCUUAGAAAUUUAUAGGUGGAAGAAAGCAAAUGUGAAAAUACAGCAGCACCUUCUUUAGGUGGUUUUAGCUACAAGCCAUUUGUUUCACUAGAACAGAUUAAAUGCCACAUUUACUUUUUUUUGUAACUACAGCUAUAUCUUAACUGCUUGUCACCCUUCUUUUUACACAAUUCAGUGUCAGCAGUACUUAAAGCUUUUGCAAAUUUUUAUCUUCAGUGUAGUCCAUAAUAUAUUCAGUCAUAUAGCCUUACAUCAUACAAUAAAUGAUUUUAAAAGUACAACAUGGAUUCUGCUGUUAAAUUAUAAUUUUGUUGUUUAAUAUUAGUUUUUGUGUUUUACUUUCUAAAGACAGUGAUCUGUUCUCAGUCUGUAUUUCUUAGCCGAUAAUGUGGGAAUAAUUGAUUGCAGAAUGCUACCCAGAAACUGCUUCAGAGUAUUAAUCUGUUUUACAAUUGGUUAAUGUUCUUCUUCUGCAUCAAGCUGGUUUAUAUCUAUUGUGCAAGCAAUCAUAUAAUGUUUUAGAUCUUCUUUUCUUAAUUGACAUUUCUUAUCCUCUUGAAUGCUACAUUAGGACUGCUCCAGUUUUUAGACUUGGACUCAAGUAUUCCAGCAACUUUGAUCUGUUUUGGAAUCCUAGUUAUUGGCUUUUAUGCUUGGUCAUAUGUUUUUAGUAAAUUGAAAGAGUUUUGAAGGAAAUGGUUUUCAAUUCAAAAGCACAGCUAAAGCACAAUAGGCACUUCAAAUAUGGUUAGCAAAUGAACUUUAAAAGAAAACAAAAAAAAAUCUAGAGUACUAAUAUUCUGGGCAAAAUUGCAAUUGCACACAAGUUUCCUUCAAAUUUCCCUUUUCUAUGGUUUUUAUAGGCAACAUUUUCCUAAUUGAAAUAGUGUAACAAGUACAUCAACUGCACUCUAGUAAUGUACUGUAUUGAUACCUUUGUUCUGUUUGCAGAAUUUUUUCUCUUUCUGGAGGACUUCUAUAAACUGAAGUAAGUUAGACUAAAAUCUGGAAUCUGAACUCAGUUUCUGAUCUAUGCAGAGUUUUUAUGCCAAAAUAGCAUGUGUGGUGGAUGUGUGUUUUAAUUCCAUAUCUGGAAGCAUUCAUGAAUCUUAAAAUGGCUUCUGAACUUGGUUAUUAGCUUGAAAAUAUCCUUAAAUAACAAUUCUGUUCUAAAGAUAGAAUCCUGUUUUUGUAAUUGGCUAGAAUCUGUUUAUGUCCUUAUUAUGUAGCUAUGGAUUAGAAACUAUUUUCUGAUCCUUGUAAUCUCUGGUGAUUCAUAUAUCUGUCAUAUGAUAACUGUAAGCACUCUGUGAAACAGCUGUUACAAGUUGGCAUCUUCAAAGUUCUCAUAUUUGGUGAACAUUUUUCUUUCAAUGGAUGUAAAUUUUUAAUAUUAUUUGGUAUUGCCCCUUUAAAGAUGUAAGACUGAUGUUCAGUGAAUCUAUUUUUUGAAACCUUGAUUUCCAAAUGAAAUUUCUCUGAACUAAAACUCAGAAUGAUAUAGUCAUAUAUAUGACAUAUUUUAAAUUAUAACAUGGGCUUAGCUGAGAGAGCAAAAGAGCAAAACUCAUGGUUAAUACAGUUUAUAGUUAUUUAAAAAAAUCAUUGUAUGAAUGGAUAAUUAAUCAGCCCUACUUUUUGACUUUGGAAGUUGUCAGUCUUAACUGGAAACUCUUGAAUAUGUGGAUGGGAAGUGGGUGUAGUGAUUAAACUGCUUGAAAUG